UUUGCACAUACCGUACCGGCAAAAGUCACACGAAAAGUGACCUUUUUCGGCCGAUUUUUUCGACAUUUAAUGAAAAAGAUGAAGUAAAAUAGAGUAAAAACUGAAUACAUAUUGCUCAUUCAACGUUUCAAUUUGGUCAAUUGCGGUAAAAGUUAUGUCAGAUCGUCGUACAAAGCUGUUUUCUGCACAAAUUCCAGCCUCGUCUCCAUGAAAUGUUUACAUAUUUUUCAUGUUGGCCUAUAGGCCUAUGUACUUGUGCGUUAUCGUCCCAGUACUGUGUCGAACCUGUCGUGCAACUUUGUUCAACUUCAAACAUUUGUCUCCUCUGGCACUUUUGCUGAUGCACCUAUAGACAUAGUCGAUGUAGUAGUACAGCAAGGGAUGUUUGUAGGCCCUAAAUGUACAUACACAAUCAUCAUGAAUGACCCCAGGGCUGUCAGAAGACGUAAAAAUAAAUCAAAAGUAACUGUCACGACGGUUCAUCCAAGUGCGACCAGUAAUCAUGAACCCAGGAAUAUGUCAGCGAACACAGAAGAGGACACUGAGGCUGAAGUCAACUGGUUCCUCAAGACAAUCUCCUUCAUACUGGGCGUAUCGACCGUAGUGAUCCUUGGUUAUAUAUAUGCUCGCCACAUCAACACCCUGCACGAGAAUCAACUAUGGUUUUCCAACUUAAAGGAGGUUGAGAGGGAGAUAUCUUUCCGCACAGAGGCCGGUCUAUACUACUCUUUCUUCAAACAAAUGGUAGAAGCCCCCUCUUUCAGCCAAGGACUCUAUGACCUUGCCCAUGACAACGUCACAGAACAUCUGAGAACAAUCAACAUACUGGAGAGAUUUAACGUAUAUCAGGAAGUUAUUGUUUGUGCUCUUUACAAGUUUGCACCAAUCAAGAUCGAGCCCAUAUUUUUCUACAUCUAUAGUGUUUUCUUCUUGCACGGUUUGCUGAUCUGUGCCAUCUACUCCAUCACCUGGUUACUCUCGCGAUCUUGGAUCGCAGGAGCACUCACAGCACUUUUCUACAUUUUUAACAGGUUUGACACAACUAGAGUUGAAUACACCAUUCCAUUAAGAGAGAGCUUUGCACUGCCAUUCCUCUGGGGACAAAUAGCUGCUUUGACGUACUACUUAUCUGCACAGACAACAAAGAAAAAGAAGAUCUUCUCAUUAUGUGUCAUCACCCUGUGUACAUUCUUCUUCGCCCUGACUUGGCAGUUUGCUCAGUUCAUUCUCCUUCUCCAAGCGAUGGCGCUGUUUGGUGUUGUCAUGUUAGAUAUCAUCCCCAUGUACAAGGUUCGGAGUGUUUACACGAUUCAGCUGUUCAGCCUGCUCAGUGUCUGCCUCCUCCAGUUCUUGAACAAGAUGAUCAUCUCCUCGCUGGUGCUCAGCUUUAUACCAGCCGCUUAUAUUGUAUUCUUCAUCAAGGGCGAUGUGAUAAAGCCGUGUGGUAUUGUUUUACGGAUUCUGAAGGUGCUUCUCUCCAUUGUCCUCGUGUUCUUCUUCACGGCCGUCAUCAACGUCUCUCUGAAGGGCAUUCUCCAACAUGAAGCCGAUGAACAUAUCUUCAAGUUUGUGGCACAAAAACUUGGCUUGGGAGACUGGAAGGAUUUUGAUUCCCAGCUCUACCUGUGUACCGGUGCCUUCAAUGUCUUGCCAUCUGAUACAUACGAACGUCUCACCACGCACUUAGUCUUCCCAUUUUAUGUUGUCACCCAUUUCACAGUUCUUGUCUUCCUCGCUAUGGCUGUGCUUCAGAAUUGGAAACACUUCUCCAGUUCAGAUUCAAAAGACGAUGCUCAAGAAGAGGUGAAGGAAGGCUUCAUUACCAGUCCACACAUUCUGUCGCAGAGACCAGAGCUAGCAUUCCAUGCUGUUCAAACUGUGUUCUUUGCUCUGAUGGCUAUAUCUACAAUGAGAUUCAAGUAUCUGUGGACAGUUUACAUGUGUAUCAUGGCCAGUGUUGGUAUAUGUGAUUUCCAUUUCUGGAAGAAGUUGCUCUCCAAGUUUAGGAUUGAAGGCAUUGUGCUUGAAAUUACGAGAAAUGGUGUGACGAUUAUCGUUUUGGCGGCACUACUCAUCAAAGCUCUUCCACCCGUUUUGAAAAAUCUCGAGGACCUGAAGGAAUUCUAUGAUCCUGAUACUGUAGAUCUGAUGGAGUGGAUCAAAAAAGACACUGCACCGACAGCUGCAUUUACUGGUAGCAUGCAGCUCCUGGCUGGGGUGAAGCUGUGUACGGGAAGACCACUAACGAAUCAUCCACAUUACGAAGACAAGCAGCUGAGGGAACGAACAAAAGAGCUGUACCAGUAUUAUGGCCGAACUCCACCUGACAAGGUCCAUGAGAUAAUGCUCAAGUAUGACGUCAGCUACAUCAUCCUGGAAGACAGUAUCUGCCUUGCCCAGUCCACUGGGUGUAGAGUGCCUGAUCUAAUAGAUGUACUAAAUGGAGAGAUUCCUGACCAUGGUCGAGCAGAGGAAAGACUUAAACGAUCUGAUGUUCCAAGAUUCUGCAACGAGAUUCGCUAUAGCAAACCUCACUUUACAAAAAAUUUCAAACUAGUCUUCAGUAAUAGGACAUUCAGGGUUUACAAGGUCCUCGGACUGGAACCCUCAUCUCAGCAGUAAUGUGUACCAAGUGCAUAGACUUGACUUUGUUGCUGGAUUGGCGAGGGCCGUGUCAUUUGUUUUCUGUCGUUUUUAGAGAAAUGUUUCAUGCUCAAACCCCAGUGAUCCAGUUCGCUAAUAAAUAAACAGUGGAUAUUGGUAGCCUGGGUGCCACCAACUGGACCCAUGGCUCCCACCUGUAGCCCCCCUUUAAAGGCUCUGAUGUGGGAUUACUAGUGAGUGUUUCGUUGUUGAAGCAGUUCACUGUCGUGCAAUAGUUUUCUACCAGGGGUGUACCCGUACAAAUGAAUAUGGACUGCAGAGAUAAAAAGUUGACCAAACAUGUAGAAAUUCUUUGUGCCAUCAUACACGUAUGUACUAAAAGUUCAACCUGUCCUGAUUUUAAGUUUCUGCCGACAUAUCAUAUAAAUGGACCUUACC